AUCCGAAAAUAAAUAAAAUUUAGAAUUUUUUGUGACCACUGAACAAGUAGCGCUGCUAGCGCGCAUAUUUGGAAUCGGAAGAGAGACUGGGAGAGAGAGAGGCUCCACACCAACCAAAAUCUCUCGAUUCUCAAAUCUCUUCUCUCAAUUAGCUCGUUCCUUCCAGGAUCUAUGCACCUCUUUUUGCAGUGCAGGGAUGCUAGGAAAAUCAUUUGCUUCUCCUUUACUGACCUACAAUUAUGCACCACGUACAUUCUUUUCGACACUUGAUGUUGUAACAGGCACAGCCACCGGAAAUAUUGCAUUGCUCAAUGUAAAUAGUCGUUGUCAGAAUGGAAUGAAAGUCUCUUGGACAUCGUGUUCUUCUUCUUCUUCAAAGAAAUGGGUAUUGCACUCAACUGCACAGAUUGAGAAUACGAUCGUAACCGAAGAAGAUAAAAAGAGGUGGGAAGCAUGCAGGGAAGCUCUGUCUAGCUAUAAAUUCAGCAGUGAGGAGGCAGAUAAAAUUCUUGGAAAAGCUUUUGGCCAGGUACACUCACCUUACUGGGGUGAAGAACGCAGAAAGGUUGUUCCAAAACUUGAAAUUGUGAAUGAAAUAUUGGACUAUUUAAGAAGUUUGAACCUAUCAGACGAUGAUCUGGCAAAGGUGCUUAAGAAAUUUCCCGAGGUUCUUGGAUGUGAUCUUGAAAAUGAGAUAAAAGCCAACGUGCAGAUUUUGGAGAAGGAAUGGGAAAUCAAAGGAAAAACUCUUCGAAACCUUCUUCUUCGAAAUCCAAGACUAUUGGGUUACAACAUUGACUGCAAGGGAGAUUGUGCGGCGCAAUGCACACGAUGCUGGGCUCGUUUUUAAGCUAAUUCUAAAUCUCUUCUGUUGAGGAAAGUUUUUGCAACCAAUAAAAGCAUCAACACUUGUAUAUUUAUGUAAGUGAUUCCCAUGUUCAAAUCCUACUGAGCUGUUAUGGAUUAAUGUAUUUAUAUGGAUUUAUUGGAUUCCACAAUGUAUUUUAAUUGUUCGACCAUCAUACAACUUAAAUUUCUUUGUAAUUGUCAAUGAAACAAUUUAAUGCUAAAAAAAUAUUGUUGGCAGUUUGCAA